CUGGGACAACUCUCCGCGGUGGCACAAAAUCUGACUAAACCUGUUACAACUGCACAGAAACUUCGCUCGUCCGACAAUCAAGUCGUCUAUCUAAUGGCCGAUGUGGGCGACUGCGAUGGGCGUGGCGAUGAAGUCAUCGGUUUGCUAAAGAUCGGCACCAAAGAUUUGUAUCUGUUUGAUGAACUGGGUCAAACAAGAAAAGUCGACAAAGCUCCCUGCAUACUGGACUUUUAUAUACACGAUUCCCGGCAGCGCACAGGUUUGGGGAAGAAACUCUUUCAAACCAUGUUGAGCGAGGAGAAGUGGGUGCCCGUCAAAUGCUCGGUGGAUCGGCCGUCCGAAAAGCUGUUGGGAUUCCUCAAGAAACAUUACGGUCUGGAGCGCACAAUACCGCAGGCGAAUCAUUUUGUACUCUACGACGGAUUCUUUGAGCGCGAGGGGGAGGGCAGCAACGAGAAGGCAAGUGAAAUGAGGCGGUCACGAAAAAUGCUUAUGGCCAAUAGAUAUCUGUGA